AUGGCCUCCAACCCGCUGCAGAAUCCCUCGCUGCCCUCGCUGCCCCAGCACCAGCAGAACGACACGGGCUUGACUUCUGCCCUCGCCAGUCGCUACCACGCACAUCUCCCCAUUGCCCAUCUCUCCUCACAAGGCAUUGUCGCCAUCAACACUUGCACAGACUCGAGUCUCGGUGUCGAUGGCGGCAAGGAGGGAAGUGCUCAGCAGGCCGCCGAGGACCUCUCCCAGCGCGCCUACACUCGUCUCGGCCAACGUUCCGAGGACCAGGCCGUCGUCUUCCUAGGCGAGUCCGGCGCUGGAAAGACCACGAUUCGUGGUCACAUGCUCAGGUCCUUCCUCUCCUACUCGUCCACGCCCCUCUCCAAGAAGAUUGAACAUGCAAACUUCGUUUUCGAUGCCUUUACCACGACAAAAUCGCUCACGACCCCGCAAGCCUCUAAGUCUGGCCUCUUAUUAGAGCUCCAGUAUAAUACCGCCACCGCUAGUCACGCCACCCUCCUCGGUGCCCAGUUCCUUGCACACCGUCUCGAGCGCAGCCGCAUCGCCUCGGUCCCCACCGGAGAGCGUACCUACCAUGUCCUCUACUACCUCCUCGCCGGCACCAGCCCCAACGAAAAGAAGCACUUGUUCCUUGAUGCCAUCGGUGGUGACGGUUCCGGAGGCAACCGCGCCUCGAUUGGCGCCAACAAGAGAUGGCGAUACCUCGGCCACCCCACUCAGCUCAAGGUGGGCAUCGACGAUGCAAAGGGCUUUGCUGACUUCAAGUCUGCCCUCCGAAGGCUCGAGUUCGGCAAGGAGAGCAUUGCCGGCAUUUGCGAGGUCAUGGCCACCAUUCUGCACAUCGGACAGCUCGAGUUUGAAAUGGGCCAAAACACAACACCUGCGCCCGACGAGAGCGGUGGAUACUCGCACGAUGGUGGCGAAUCCAUCACUGUUGUCAAGAACAAGGAAGCCCUCAACCCUAUUGCUCAGUUCCUUGGUGUGUCCAUCCCCAGCCUCGAGCAAAGUCUGCGAUACAAGUCCAAGACGCUGUACCGUGAGCGUGUCACGGUCAUGCUGGAUCCCAAGGGUGCGCGGGCCAACGCAGAUGAGCUGGCUCGCUCCCUUUACUCACUUCUCGUCACAUGGGUCAUGGAGCAAAUGAACUCGAGAAUCUCCGUCGCUCCUGAGGACAUCUCCAACACUGUGUCCCUUGUCGAUUUCCCUGGUUUUGCCAACUUUGCCUCGACAGGCUCAGCACUUGACCAGCUCCUCAACAACACAGCCAAUGAGUCUUUGAUCUCUUUCUGCCAGGAGAGCUUCUUCCAACGUCAAAUCCAGGAACUAGAGGCUGAAGAGAUUUCCCUGCCUCCCAUGGCAUUCUACGACAACACUGCCGUCAAGACAGGUUUGAUGAAGCCAGGCAACGGACUCCUUAGCAUUCUUGAUGAUCAAAUGCGUCGUGGGAAAACCGACAUGCAGUUCCUCGAGGCCAUCCGCAAGCGUUUUGACGGAAAGAACCAGGCCAUUGUUCCAGGUAGCCUGACAGUCGUGCAGCCAGGAAGCAACUUCCCCACACCCAAUACCUCGCCUGCCUUCACCAUCCGCCAUUUCACUGGUGAUGUCGACUACAGUGUCGAGGGUCUCUUGGAAGAGAAUGCUGAACUCAUUUCCGGUGACAUGAUGCAUCUGCUCAAGUCUGCCCAGGCUCCUUUUAUCCAACAACUCUUUGGACAAGAGGCCCUGCAGAAGAUGUCCCAUCCCAAGGAAAAGUCCACCAUUGUCCAAGCUACCGUCAGCUCCAAGCCUACCCGCCAGCCAAGCAUGGCAAAGCGCAAGGCCGACAAGACUGGCCGCUUUGGACGUCCUCUCAACGUUUUCGACGAGGACGCCAUGAGCGAUGCAGAGAGCACUACUUCAGGAGUCAGGAAGCCUGGCGAAUCGGCCAAGCAAACUGGUGCUGCUGGUCAAUUCAUAAGUUCCCUGAGAACCAUUGAGUCGACGCUCCGCAAGGCCAACCCCUACUUCGUCUUCUGCUUGAAGCCCAAUGACCGAAGAAUUGCGAACCAAUUCGACAGCAAAUGCGUGCGCCAGCAGGUGCAGGCUUUGGGUAUUGCUGAGAUUAGUCAACGCUUGCGCGUUGCUGAUUACAGCAUUUUCAUGCCCUUUGCCGAGUUCCUUGGGCUUGCUCAAACUGAUCUUGCUAUUGUGGGAAGUGACAAGGAGAAGGCGGAGAUGGUUCUGGAUCAAAAGCCAUGGCGUGAGAAUGAAGUUCGCGUCGGUGCUACUGGUGUAUUCUUGAGCGAGAAGUGCUGGCUCGAGAUUGCAAACAUUUCCGGUGUCACUCCCUACGCACGCGGCCCAGUUGACUCCAAUGAUAAUCUGCACACUGCUGAUGCUGGCCGCUCUUUUGGCGAUGCUCGAGCGGGUCUGCUUUCACCGUCGCCUGGCGGAUACUACGAUGACAAGGGUGGCAACUAUUUCGGCGCUCGAGAUGUUGAUGCUCGUUCAGAAGCCCCAUCUGGUAUCACCAACGGUGACAUGUUUCACGGUUUGGAGCAGCCAAAGGCGUUGGAUGAGAAGACGGAAGACGCAAAGCUGGAAGAGCUCGAAACAGUCCCAGUUUCCGGCAGUCGAAAGCGAUGGGUCUUCGUUGUUUACCUCAUGACUUGGCUCAUCCCUGACUGGGCUAUCCGAGUCAUCGGGCGCAUCCCCCGCAAAGAUGUUCGCACGGCAUGGCGUGAAAAGCUAGCCAUCAACAUGAUCAUUUGGUGGAGUUGUGCCUUCGUCAUCUUCCUCAUGAUUGGUUUCCCCAGGGUCAUUUGUCCUAAGCAAAAUGUCUACUCCACUGCCGAAUUGUCCUCUUUCGACGGCAAGGACAACAGAAAAUCCUAUGUGGGCAUCCGUGGUGUAGUUUACGAUCUUGGCUCAUUCAUCCCUCAUCACUACCCCAGCAUUGUUCCUCAGAAGAACUUGGAGAAGUAUGCUGGAAAAGACAUCACCAAUCUGUUCCCUGUGCAAGUCUCUGCUUUGUGCUUGGGCAAGAGCGGUCAAGGAAUCGACCCCGCGGUCCAGCUCAACUACAAAAACUCCAACUACAGUGACUCCGUCAACAACCUGAUCAGUGCCACCGACUUGAAUGCUCAAUACCACGACUUCCGCUACUUCACCAAUGAUUCUCGCCCUGAUUGGUGGUACGAGCAGCAAAUGUUCCUCAAGGCCAACUACCUGAAGGGACAUCUUGGUUACAGCCCUCAGUAUCUCAAAACGCUUGCUUCAAAGAGCAACGCUAUCGCUUACAUGAACGGCAAGGUGUACGACCUCACAGACUACAUCCCCGGUGGUCGUCAGCUCAAGUUCCCUCCUGGUCAAGAUCAAGGUAACGCCGCCAUUGACACCAACUUCAUGGAAGACUCUGUUGUGGACAUUUUCCGGGUUCAGGCUGGUAAAGAUAUCAGCAAGUACUGGGACAAUCUUCCUCUGAACGCCCAGUCCAAGUCGAACAUGCUGACCUGUCUCAACAACCUGUUCUACGUCGGAGAUCUCGACACUAGGAAUUCGGCACGGUGUCAAUUUGCUACCUACUUCCUGCUUGCCAUCUCCGUCGUGUUGGCCGCCAUUAUUGCUUUCAAGUUCCUUGCAGCUCUCCAGUUCAGUCGCAAAACCGAUCCGGAAAACCUUGACAAGUUCAUUAUCGCCACUGUCCCUGCAUAUACCGAAGACGAGGAGUCUCUGCGCCGUGCCAUCGAUUCUGCUGCCAGGAUGAAGUAUGACGACAAACGCAAACUGCUCGUUAUUGUCUGCGAUGGUAUGAUUAUCGGUCAAGGAAACGACAAGCCAACUCCCCGUAUCGUGCUUGACAUUCUCGGUGUACCAGAAGCUACAGACCCAGACCCAUUGAGUUUCGAGAGUCUGGGUGAAGGUCAACGCCAGCACAACAUGGGCAAGAUUUACUCUGGUCUGUAUGAAGUACACGGUCACAUUGUUCCCUUCAUGGUCAUCGUCAAGGUCGGAAAGCCAUCUGAAGUCUCAAAGCCUGGUAACCGAGGAAAGCGUGAUUCCCAGAUUGUCCUCAUGCGAUUCUUGAACCGCGUUCAUUACAAUCUUCCUAUGAGCCCACUGGAACUGGAGAUGCAUCACCACAUUCGCAACAUCAUUGGUGUUAAUCCCACCUUUUAUGAGUUCUUACUACAAAUCGACGCCGAUACUGAAAUUGCACCAGACUCAGCUACUCGAUUUGUUGCUGCGUUCCUUCACGACACUCGUCUGCUUGCUAUUUGUGGUGAAACGGCUCUCAGUAACGCCAAGUCUUCAUUCGUUACGAUGAUGCAGGUUUACGAAUACUUCAUCUCCCACAACUUGACAAAGGCCUUUGAGAGUUUGUUCGGCUCCGUUACAUGUCUUCCCGGUUGUUUCACCAUGUACCGCAUCCGCGCUGCCGAAACUGGAAAGCCUCUGUUCGUCAGCAAAGAAGUCGUGGAGGCCUAUCAAGAGAUUCGAGUCGAUACACUGCACACCAAGAACUUGCUACAUCUCGGAGAAGAUCGUUAUCUGACCACGCUGCUUAUCAAGUUCCAUCCCAAGUACAAGACCAAGUAUACCAUGCGAGCACACGCCUGGACUGUCGCUCCUGAUACUUUCUCUGUCUUCAUCUCACAACGUCGUCGCUGGAUCAACUCUACGGUGCACAACCUGGUCGAACUGAUUCCGCUGCAACAACUGUGUGGUUUCUGCUGUUUCAGUAUGCGCUUCAUUGUGUUCAUGGAUCUCCUUUCCACCGUUGUCCAGCCCGUCAUUAUCGUCUACAUUGGUUACCUUGUCUAUGUGCUGGUCUACACACCGGAUGUUGUACCCAUAACGGCAUUCAUUCUUCUGGGUGCAAUCUAUGGUUUGCAAGCAAUCAUCUUCAUUGUCCGACGCAAAUGGGAAAUGAUUGGCUGGAUGAUUAUCUACCUCUUCGCCACUCCGGUCUUCUCCUUUGCCCUCCCAUUGUACUCUUUCUGGUUCAUGGACGAUUUCUCAUGGGGUAACACGCGUCUUAUCGUUGGUGAAAAGGGUCAAAAUAUCGUUGUAUCCGACGAGGGCAAGUUCGACCCUGCGUCCAUUCCCAAGAAGCGAUGGGAAGAGUACCAGGCAGAGAUGUGGGAGCAGCACACAAUCCGCGAUGACCGCUCAGAGGUUUCUGGUUACACAUACGCUACCAGGAAGCCGUUCGGAAACGCAUCUGUUGCUGGCUCAGAAUACGGAGGCAUGGCCCCAUCUCGAUCCAUGUCUCAUCUCAAUCUUCCUCGCUACGACAACCAUUCACGACUGAGUCUCGCGCACAGCGGUCAUGGAAUGGAUAGUAUGGAGAUGGCCAACCUGCCCAGUGAUGAGGCCAUCCUGGUCGAGAUCAAGGACAUUCUAUCCAAGUCUGACCUCAUGAAUGUCACCAAGAAGCAGAUCAAGAGUGAACUAGAGCAAAGAUUUGGAUGUGAUCUCACGCUCAAGAAACAGUUUAUUGGUUCUGCAGUCGAGUCGCUGCUCAUUAGUGGCCAGCUGUACUAG